GUUUAAGUGUUUAAGCAACCGUAUCGUCAUUCGGCAAUAUAGACGAUGUUUCUCAAUCUCAUCCUGCAGACGAACACAAGAGAUUUUGCCAGACGAAAGACUAAAGGAGCUCGUAGCUGAACUUCAAAAGCCUUUGAAUCCAGAAGACAAUUCAACUGUCGUCCUGGCCACAAUGGAAUCCCUUCGACCAAGGCAAAAAGUGAUAACAACAAAUGAAUAUCAAAAACUGUAUACAUUGUUAAAUAAAUCAUACAACAAGCAUCAAUUAGCUGAGUAUUUGGCUUCAAAGCAAAUGUAUAAAAAGAACAGCACUAAAAGGAGCAUGAUAACUACUAUAUUGCAAAACACAUGGGGCAUAAAGACGAGAGAACAAGUACGAGAAGAAAGAAAGAAGAGAAUAAUCGAGCAAUUCCCAGCAUCUCGUCAAGAGUUAUUUUUCAUCAUUGGAGAUAAUGGUAGCACUAUUCGAAAAAUUGAAGAAGCCAACAAGGUGAAUGUGACCAUUGACGUGACUCAGAGUCGGUAUUUGAUCGAAGGACAGCCAAGUGCAGUGGAAAAUGCAAAGCGAGAUAUUCAGGGUCAUUUGAAACUUGUUGAAGGACAAGUGCAAGUGCCAAUAGAAACAUUAGAAGAUAGUCGAUUUCGUUCUGAAAUAUCUCGUGUACUAGCAGGUAUUUCCAAAGUAUCAGGAUCGUACAUAUCUUUGGACAAUAACAAGUUUGUCUUCACAAGUCUAUCUGACCACGCUAUGGAAAAUGCCAAAAGAUUACUUAACUUGACAUUGACAGAGCUAAAUAUGACAAGCAAAAAACCAUUAGAGCAAGCCAAUAAAACAUUAGUAAAUCAAGGAUCAGAAUUUAAUUUGGUUCCUUUUCAUGAUUCUUUGGCUAUGCCUAUGUAUGAUCGACAAUUUGGCUGGAGUAGAUUAAAAAAGAAGAACGAUUGCGAAAAUAAGGAGCCUAACUUGAUCAAUCUAGCCGAUCAGCAGACAAUACAAAUGGGUGAGAUUAAGGAAUUGUUACUAAGUGCGUUUAAACAAGAAGAAUAUAAGGACAUAUCUUUGGAAGCGAAGUUUGGUCACUUACUUUGUAGAAAUUCAAUAAAGGCACAAAUGACUCCUAACCUUCUUCAACCUAUUUCAACAUCUGACAUAAACAUAUCAUCACUUCAAGAACUCAUCAAAAGCAAUCAAACCACCUUCUUUAAUGCCAUGCCGCCUGCUAAAUUAGCAUCGGAUUUUAUACCUUUCACUUCAGACGGAGGAGUGCAUCAAAAGUUAAUCAAGACCGAAUAUGUGAACAAUGAACUAUUGAUGAGUGUUGAUAAUAAUGACCAACCAAAGGAUAAUAAUAUGUUGAAUAGACUUGAAGUUGAAUUUAUUAUACAAGAAAAUGGAAGCAUGAAGUUUCAUCGCGCUAUUGGAGAAAAGAAGAGAUCGGUUAUUGAUGUACUUGGUUUAACAAGGCAAGUAAAAUUGAUUUAUAAAGUAUGAUAAACUAACAAGUUUAUUUUUAGUGACAUUGAUGUUCGAUUCAUUGCCAGGCAGUUUAUAGAUUAUUCAGCUGAGGAUUUGCGACAAUUAUUUGAAAAGUUUAAAUUGCUUAGGUUAUUAUAUUAAACAGUGAAACAUCAAAAUCAAACUCACUAUUU